CAAUGCUCCAUUCAUUGAUUCAAUUGAGGAGCACCAAAAAAUAAACUUUCCUAAUAAUAAAAGAGGGCCGGUUCAUCUGAAUUUCCUUCUUUUCUCUCUCCUCUCUUUUCUCUCUGAACCAAAUCGCCGAUUUCGAAAAACCAGGAAUUAAAGAGAGGAUCGUCCAAGUUUUGGUCAUCUUCAGAAAUUUUUAAGCUCAUUUUUUCAACUGUUAAUUCAUCCAAGUUUUUUUUUUUGGAGAAAAUUUGAUUGAAAGUUUUUCUAGGGUUUCUGGAGGUGUUUAAUUAAUGGCUGCUCCACCUGCGAGAGCUCGCGCUGAUUAUGAUUAUCUCAUCAAACUCCUUUUAAUCGGCGACAGUGGUGUGGGUAAGAGUUGCCUCCUCCUGCGGUUCUCUGACGGUUCCUUCACAACAAGUUUUAUCACAACCAUUGGUAUUGAUUUCAAGAUUCGGACCAUAGAGCUUGAUGGCAAGCGGAUCAAACUUCAGAUAUGGGAUACUGCUGGUCAGGAGCGGUUCAGGACUAUCACAACGGCUUAUUAUCGUGGAGCCAUGGGUAUUCUACUGGUUUAUGAUGUAACUGACGAGUCGUCAUUUAACAAUAUUAGAAACUGGAUACGUAACAUUGAGCAGCAUGCUUCUGAUAACGUGAACAAGAUUCUGGUAGGAAAUAAGGCUGAUAUGGAUGAGAGUAAAAGGGCUGUGCCGACAGCCAAGGGACAGGCUUUAGCUGAUGAGUAUGGGAUUAAGUUCUUCGAAACUAGUGCAAAGACGAAUUUAAAUGUGGAGGAAGUUUUCUUUUCCAUAGCGAGAGACAUUAAGCAAAGGCUUGCAGAUUCUGAUACAAGGCAAGAGGCUCAACCGUCAAUUACGAUUAAACCAGCCGACCAAUCAGGCAGCCAAGCAGCUGCUAAAUCAGCCUGCUGUGGUUCUUAAGGUUCCGGCAAUUGAUUGGACAAGGCAACAUGUUCAGUGGAAUUAUGUGUGCAAAACAGAUGAAUCUGAUUGUUAUGACAAUGUGAUGGAUGCUUGUAAUAUUUGUUACCAUCAUUCUUUCCUUAAACCUGUUUUAGUGUGCGAAAGAUAGUUUUUAAUCAACUAGUAUAGUUGUUCCUGUGAGGCUGUGACACUUUUUUUUCGCUUUUCUUUUUGCUUUUGCUUGUCUAAUUAAAUCUUGUUUUAGCCAUACAUUGAUACAAAGCCUCUAUUCAAUGAUAGCUUUGCAAAUUACCCUGUCCUU